AUGCUAUUUGUUGUAGCUGUUGUCUAUAUUGUAACGUUUAUCCCAGCUAUGCUAAUGGCUAUACAAUACAUCCCAUUAUAUUUGCCUAUAUUCUAUUUAUAUUAUAUUAAUAAUGCUAUUAAUCCGAUAAUUUAUGGUUUUAUGAAUCAAAAUUUUCGUAAUGAUAUACGUGUGCUGAUUUGUCAAAGGCUGAAAUGUUUAAAUUUAUAG